AUGGGCAGGUCCGUUCGGAUAGAAGUCUGCGAUUGCGGUGAGCUCUGCAUUUCGCUCGAUGUGCCGCCGGCCCUAAGCCGAUGCCGGCCGCUGUUUAUACACCGGACACCGGACACGGGACGGGAAGCCGUCAAUUACGCCCUCGACGACGAUUGGGCGCCAAUUAAACGGUCGCACGGCGGUGCGGGCCCGGCUGCGAGCUGGUCGGCUCGAUCGCGGAGCGGCUCACUCGCGGUGAACGACUCGCAAGAGCCGUUUCUGAUCCAAUUGUCCGAGCGCGCUAUCGCAACGGGAACGCGCUGGCCAGCCGGAAGCAGUGGCGCAAUCGGUGAUAAGCGAGGCCGCGUUGCCUCGCUUUCCGACAUCCCCCCCCCCUACCCUCUCUCCACUCCCCGCAUGUUCCUGCGGUUCCCGAUGGUGCUGUCAAAUACAACUCCCCCCAUACUG